AUGACACUCAAUCUCUGUUUCCUUGACCUUCCACCAGAACUACUCUACCAUAUCUUCGAUUUUGUCUAUGAGUCGUGGCACCUUGAACUCAAGCUGCGGCACGACAUACUCAUCGAGUCGUACUUCGACAAGCCAAGGAUAUGUGCUGUUCCUAGCUUGCCUUCAGUCGAGCCCUUACUCGUGUGCAAGGAUUUAUAUGAGAUCGCUAGGUCAAGGAAGGUUGGGACUUUCAUGGGCAGAGUUGAUGUGUUUGAAGCUACUAGACUUAAGCAGUUACCUGGGACUUGCCAUUCACGUAUUGCUCCGCGAGUCAAGAGAUUAUGCUACUCGCAUGGUACGUCGAAGGCAGGUCAGGACUACGAUCUAAUCGAUAGUCUACCGGCGCUUGAAGUUAUCGAGUUUCAUCGAGGUUGGGGCUUCCUGAAAGUCUGCUUGGGUUGCGCGUCUUGUAGCAUCGAGGACGUCUCUUCCGAUCCGGUGUUAUCGAGGCCUGAAGCGCUGGCGAUGUACGAUAAGUCCGGGAAGUUUAUUCGCAGCGAGGAACUGGAUGGCUUCUGGGUCAAGGCAGCACGACCAUGCCUCCCGUUACCUGUCGAGCGACCAGCCGAGCCGAGUCUGAUGGAGCUAUUGCGGGCUCGCAAGAUUGAGGUGAUUUCUCAUGUAGUCUUCAGUCUUAGGUCAUCUAUGGGCACGGGCUCGGAUUGUGUAGGAUGUCAGGGGCAAAGGUUGGGACGCAGGAUCUUCGAUGAUUUGGACAUUGCUUUUUCAGUUGGGCAAGACGAGAUCGAGGUUGUUGAUAUGAGUUGGAUAGAUUCACGGAUAAGAUAG